GCAGUGUGUUUUCAGGAUAAAUGGCUCAAUUAUCACCGCGGCACCCUCCUCUCCUCCUCUCCUCUCCUACCUCCUCCCUGCUGCGACACGCCCAGUUAUGCUGCCCGUGUCAAACCUUUUAUUUUGGUAAUAGCACAUGGCACCGCGAGCUCAUCGCAGUGAUACCACUGCGCGCGCAGCCACAGGUGGUGUUCAUGCGUGCCACCUUCACAUCUGAAGCAACAGAAGAAGAAGAGAGAGACUGGGGGACUAGCAGCGCUUCAUCGCCGCUUCACUGACGGAGGAAACUCAUAAAGCUGCUUUCUGCUUUGUUGGGAGCGGGUGUUGUUGGAGGCUGAGGUGAAGUGGGACCUGCUGUCUGCUUGGUGUGUGUUCAGGGCUUUGUCGAGGAGCGCGCCGAGGUUUAACAGGUGGAGAAGGCACAUUAAAUCACUGCACUCACCUUGGGUUUGGACAAGAGUGUGUGCUGAUCCGAUCACUAAAUGGCGCUGACGGUGAACCUUAUCGGUCCUUCCCCAUGGGGCUUCAGAAUAUGUGGAGGACGGGACUUCAAGAAAGCCAUAACUGUAUCAAAGGUCAACAGGGGCAGCAAGGCAGAGCAAGCAGACCUGCAGCCCGGUGACAUUAUCUUGGAGAUCAAUGGGGAAAACACAGCCGGCAUGCUGAACGUGGAGGCGCAGAACAAGAUCAAGAGCUCGACUCAGCUGCAGCUGGUGGUGGACAGACCUGAACCUCCCAGUCCUGGACAGACUAAUGGCAUUAGCACCCCUGAGCAGCUCACCGGACGCUUCCAGGAGGCAGUAAUAGUGAGUCGAGAUGAGAAUCAGAACUACAGAGAGUACACCAUCUCCAGCCCUGCGUCACUGUCCCCUGGACCUUAUUCACCAGAUCCUCCUGCCAGCCCCGACGGGAAGAGGGACAGACUGACAGCGACCACCAACAAAGGUGUCCAACUGCGUCCAUGGUCUCCAGAGGACAGGAGUCACAGGAUGUCCAGGCCACUGUCACAGGAGUUCUCCCCUCCAGACUACAGAAAUAACUCUGUGUCCAGCAGAACCCCGACACCCCCAGGACGCUACUCACCUCAUAGCCCCAUUGAUCAGGACGCACCCAUGUCCCCACGUCGCAGCAGUUCGAGCUCUGACUACGCCAUGCAGAGGUUCGACAAGGACUCAGAGGUGUACAAGAUGAUUCAGGAGAAUAAGGAGUCCCGCACGGCACCUCGUCAGUCCAACACCUUCAGAAUGCUGCAAGAGGUCCUGGAGGCUGACGAGAAAGAGGCAGCCCUGCGGUUCCCAGGGAAACUUUCCCCCAACGUCCCCAAACCAGGCACAGCAGUGGCAGGAGUCAAAAAAACCCACAUCUGUGAGAAGUGCGGCACCAGCAUUUUAACACUGGCUGUGCGCAUCUCAGACGACCGCUUCCGCCAUGCAGAGUGCUACACUUGCACAGAUUGUGGUCUUAACCUCAAGAUGAGAGGUCAUUUUUGCAUCGGAGAUGUGAUGUACUGUGAGAAGCACGCCAACCAGAGGUACAAAGGCCCAGGUAGUUCCCCUCAAGUCACCGUGUCCCCUCGCCAAUGAGUCUGCCACUCCUCACCUGCCCCACUCUGAACGUAGAGUGCUGCUUAUCUGCCUGAAGCUCCGCAUCACCUGACUCAGUUAUAGACCUUGGGAUGGGGCGUGGAGGUGGACACUGGUCAGCAAAAUGGCAGAGGGUGCUUUUUUUUGAUCACAUUUAACCAUACUUUGCAAUAUUAUGAUUCACUUUCUUGCCUUUCUUAUAAUUGUAUGAGAAUUGGGGCUUUUGUUUUUCUACGACCUGGCCUCGACGGUCUCUUUAGGUUAUUCUUAGCUCUAAUGAUGCACAGCUGCCAUGGACUCAAGCCACAUCGCAUUGUACUAAGGCCAGAUUUACAUAACACCAACGCUUUGACAAACUCAACAGAACUGGCUCUCUGACUCUCCGAGGAUCUGGAUAAUCAUUUGAAUCUCCUGCUGACACAAAGGGACCAAAAUCUCACCUACACUGCAUGCCAUUUUAAAAAUGUACUGUACACAGGCAGUGCUGUGUGUGGGUGUGUGUGUGUGGGUGUUGUAUGGAUGCAUGCCUGCUUUCACAUGCAGGAGUGUGGUGGCUUCUGCAUGCCUUUCCUGCAUCUGUGUGUGUGAUUGCGUGUGUGCCUGAGAGAGAGAUGGGGAGGGGGGUCCAAAUUGUUACAGAUACAAAGGAGUUUGUGAAUUUUGCGCUUGAGUCAGGCCAAAAGCCCUUGAGUUUUUUCUAUAUUUCUUUUGUAAGUAGAAUUUAUGAGUAGAAAUAAUGAAAAAAUACAUAUUUGCUGACUUGUUUUGCUGUUUUGUUGCUUAUGAGGGACUAUAGAUUCAUACAAAUAUACAAAUAUUUUUGAUGUUUUUUUGUGAUUGAAUUGUAUUCUAUAAUAUAGACCAUUUAAAAUGCAUAAUGUAUGCACAGGACAUUUAGUGUGAAAAGAAUUAAUGCUACUACACUUGUCAAGUUACAGCAGUACUCAGAGAUACACUAUAAUGUUCGCAUUUCAUGUGGCACUUAAUAAAACCGCACAACCUAAAGCUUCUUCAGAGAUGAUGACUGUGUUGGAAUAAGUGUAAAUGUCUUCCUAAGUCAUUACUGUUUCCAAACUCUUUGGUGAUGGCUGCCCUGUCUUUACGUAGUUUUAUUGACUCCACAUUACACAAGUACACUUCUCAUUGUUGACAGCUGAAAGGAGUCAAACGGGAGUUGUUCUUUGUCUCUUUGUCAUACAGGUACGGUCCUUUAAGUUCAACAGACCUUCGUUUCACAGCUGACCUUUUGUUGCUUCUUAGCAGGAAGACACACAUGUAACUAAUUACAUUAAAGAUGACUCCAUUCCAUAGAUGUGUCUCAGGGCCCUGCAAGUGUGGUGCAUUCAUUAAUGUUGUUGGUUACAGCCAGUGUUUUAGUCAAGACAUCUACUGAGACGAAGUCAUGACCAAAACCAGACCACUGAGUCCACACUGCAUGACACACUUACAAUAAAAUGUGGAACAUGAAAACCAUAGGUACUCCUCCUACUGGUCUACAUUCUCAUUAAAAAUCCCACAGAAAACAAAUGAAGAUUCCUUCUCACUCACCUCUUUUAUUGCUGUACUUUAUGCAAGAGUAUGUGUAUGUAUAAGUGUACCAUAAGCAAAGUGUUGAUAAAAUAAUCAAAAGGCAUUGCAGAGGUGAAUUAUAUGUAUGGGGAUUUUCCUUUUAAUUCUAUGAGCAAACAAUACAAACACUAAGGAGCUGAAAUCAACUUCAUCAUGUUUAUUUAACACUCCUUUUUUGUACAGAUAAUUUAGUUUUAUCCCUACAGUCAUGGCCCUGACUGGUUUUGAAAUAAAAUCCUUAGUCCUCUUUGUCUGAGAGAAGAAUGCCAAAAAGAGACCCAAGACCUUCAAAUGGUGGUCUUGAGACUGAUCUCGAGUACGACAAUACUAGUUACAGCUCUGCUUUUCCUGCUCUGACUUGUUUAAAUGUCGGAAAUAGAAAUGGCCCAUUUACAACACAUGACAAUAACUCAUUAACCUUAUGUCUUACUGCGUGUAGAGAGACGUGACUUCAUCUGGGAUAAAAAUAGACAUGCACAUUGAUAUCUGUUGUAAUGUUAGGAAACACAUUACAUAACAAAGCUAUGUGAAAAAAAAAGUUGUACUGUUGCCAUUGGUGACCUCAGUCACCACGUUUUACUGAGACUGAAAGAAACACAGGACUGAGACUUAAAGAUACAUAUUGUUUUCUGUUCAGAUUCCCAAUCCGUUUCUUCGCAAGGUCAUUUAUCACUCAGACUUUUGCCUGCACACUUAAAACCAUAUGAGUGAUGGAUUAAAAAAUAGGGUGUGGACACAUCACUGUUUCUGAGAAGACAGGUUUGACAAGCAGGGUGUCACCCUCAUCUGACAGUUGGAGUGCAGUUAAGCAGCACAUUAGCAGGGUGGGGUACAACUUGGAUUGCCUUUUGGGACCUCUUGAUGUUGAAUGUGAAGCUGAAGGUAUCCAACAGUAGUCCAAAAUUCUGUCAGUCUGACAAAAGGCCCAACUUAAACCUGUUUUUUUUUUUUUUUUUUUUAUU